AUGAAUGUGACAACUCGUCCCGUUGACCCCACUAGCCCACCGCUAGCUUACCCCCAUUGGCCCGAAGCUGGUCCUGCAGUUCACUUUUUCUCGGUGAUUCUGAUCUUUGCGAUGCAACCUAUAAAAAAACGAUUUGCGUCCUUAUUUCCGAUUUCUGUACCGGGAAAUAGUAUUACACAUUCUUAUAAACAAGCAAAGGAAGCUAUAGUUUCUGAACUCAGCAGGUUUGUGAAGAAUCCUCCUUACCAAGCCAAGGCUACUCGCAAAACGACUUGCACUAUCUGUUUAGAUGAUGAUAUUAAUGCUAAUCAGAUGUUUUGUAUUAAUAAGUGUCGUCAUCGAUUCUGUUACGUGUGUAUGAAGAAACAUAUAGAGGUGAGGCUACGACUUGAGGGAAGUGUGAUUAGAUGUCCUCACUAUCGCUGCAAGUCUAAGCUGACUUUUGGAAGCUGUGUCCAUCUUUUGACACCUCAACUAAGAAAGAUAUGGCAACAAAGGAUCAUAGAGAACAGGAUUCCUAUAAUACAGAGAAUUUAUUGCCCAAACCCGAGGUGCUCGGCUUUAAUAUCGAUUAACGAAGCUGAAGUUAGAAGACGAUGCUUCGAAUGCGGUCAACUCCUUUGCAUUAAAUGUAAAGUUUCGUGGCAUGUUGACUUGUCGUGCGACGAUUACAAGAAAUUGGGUCCAAAUCCUACAGCUGAUGAUAUGCUCAAAGCUUUAGCGAAUAAGAAAUUGUGGCGUCAAUGUGAAAAGUGCAAACACAUGAUUGAGCUUUCAGAAGGGUGCAUCAAAGUAACCUGCAGAUGUGGACAUAUGUUUUGCUACAAAUGUGGAAAGUCUAAGGCUGGAGCUUGCUGUCAUGGUAUUUUCCAUAUGUAUCUCCCAAUGCAACCAUAG